UUGCGACGGGGCGAGGGAAAACAAGCGACGGAGUACUUGGAACGGGUUUUCGACUUUCGCGGGGCGCAGUAGGGCAAAGGGUCGGGGUGCGUGGCAUAUGGGACGGAAAGAAGCGAGGCGAGUCCGGCAAGCAGGCAGGCAGGCAGGCGAACGAGCAAGAGGGAAGAAAAGGGGCGAAGGGGCUUAUGGUUUUGAAGGGUGUGAUUUUUUGGUUGGACCUGGAUCAUCCCAUAUACCUCUCUUGUCGUGUCGUUUUUUACCUCCAGCGCCUCACUUAUACUCUCUUCUUCCUGUUCUGUUCUGGCUGAUGGAAAAGCGCAAAUCGACCGAAUCUACCGCGUUUCGGGGCGUCCAAAACGCCAUAUGGAUGUGUUCAAAGGAAAAGGAAGGAAGAGGCGGUGGAACAAAUUUAUUAUCUUUUCCUUGCUAUAUUUUUUUCCUGUCUGUCUCCGUCUCUCAUACUCGCUGCUACUACGUGGCCUAUUAUUGUUACUGUUACUUUUACUUUUCUCUUUCUUUCCCCAAAUGUAAAACCACCAGUACUAGAUGCUCCUAUCUUACUACCUACCUACUUAGCUUAAGACCUAAUGUGUAACGGACCGGAAAUGGGGAGGUGGAAUGGGACGAGGGACGGGUCGGCCUAGUCCGGUUGCUGGUUUCAUACGGCAGAGCAGUUUGCAUAUACCGAGGAGCGAGGAACGGAGUCGGGCUGGCUGGCUAUCAGAAACCAAGCAUGCUGCGUGCGCACGCACAGUGGCGUAGGUACGGAUGGAUGGAUGGACGGCUGGGCGGAUAGGUGCUUUAGCAA